UUUAACGUCAAUUUCCACCAAGGGACCCUAGUUUUGAUGAUCUACUGUUUUUUCCCCACUCAUUUACUGCUCCAGCAAAUUUUCAUCUGGCAACACUGGUCAUCACUGUCAUCUAGUUUUAGGUUAGGUUAAGGAGUGUUGUUAUUAUGUAAAAUAAAUAUUUCAUUUGAAAUAUUUUCGAAUUCUUGAGGAAAAAUGAAUUCCAGAGUUAUCAAUAAUGUUGGGAAAACUGGAAUCAAAUAUAGUUUCAUUCCCUUUGCCAGUCUAUUUGGGGUCGAUAAACUUGAAAAUCUCACAGAAACUGAACUAAAAGCAGACAAAACUGUAGAGGAAUCUGGUUCUGAUAGAUUAAAACGGAUGUUCUCAGUGGAUGAGUUCGGUAGCAUUUCGAAAGAAGUAAGUUCAAUUUUACAAGUAGCAGCAAUGAGCACUUUCAUUGGAGGAAUGUAUGGAGGGAUAAUUAACAGCAGAACUGCUUAUUUGGAAUUCAUGAAAAACAAUGAAGCAACAAAGUUCACUACUCAUUUAGAAGCUAAGCAAAAACUACAAGAUAAAGUUACAAUAAGUUUUGGUAAAGGAGCUUUCAAAUGGGGUUGGAGACUAACACUGUUUUGUACAUCUUUUGUAGGAAUAGCAACAACUGUGCAAGUCUAUAAAGGAAAAUGUGGUAUUAUGGAAUAUGUGGCUGCAGGAGGUCUAACAGGAGCCCUUUACAAAUUCAAUAUGGGUCCCCGUGGAUGGAUUGUUGGUGGUGGUUUAGGUUCUCUUUUGGGCCUUAUAUGUGGAGGAACCACAGUAGGACUUUUGAAACUAGGAGGUAUUUCAAUGGAAGAUGCCCGAUAUUGGCAGUAUCAAUGGAAAGAUCACCGAAAUGAAUAUUUCCGUAAAGGAAUGGAGGAGUAUUUAGAAAAAGAAGACUUCGCUGUAAUCAAGUUACAUGACGACAAAGUAGGUGAAGCUGGUAAAGAUAUAAAAAAUUUAAAUUUAAAUGAUAGGAAACAUGUAGAAAGUGAAAAAUAAACCAUCCGACC